CUCCUCUCCUCUCGUCCUUCUCCGGCCGCCGCUCCCCACCCGCCGCCGCCGCCGCCGCAGAAAGCCGCACAUGGCGUCGUCGGCGUCCACCCUCGAGAUCGAGGCCCGCGACGUGGUGAAGAUCGUGCUGCAGUUCUGCAAGGAGAACUCGCUGCAGCAGACGUUCCAGACGCUGCAGAACGAGUGCCAGGUCUCGCUCAACACCGUCGACAGCAUCGACACUUUCAUCGCCGACAUCAAUGCCGGGCGCUGGGACGCUGUGCUGCCCCAGGUUGCUCAGCUCAAGCUGCCGCGGAAGAAGCUUGAGGACCUCUACGAGCAGAUUGUGCUGGAAAUGGCUGAGCUCCGUGAGCUGGACACGGCCCGUGCCAUCCUCCGCCAGACACAGGUCAUGGGCGUUAUGAAGCAGGAGCAGCCCGAGCGGUACCUCCGGCUUGAGCACCUUCUUGUGCGGACAUACUUUGACCCCAAUGAGGCCUACCAAGAAUCCACCAAGGAGAAACGGCGUGCACAGAUUUCUCAAGCUAUUGCUUCUGAAGUUUCAGUAGUUCCGCCUUCUCGGCUAAUGGCAUUGAUUGGUCAGGCUUUGAAAUGGCAACAGCACCAAGGAUUGUUACCACCUGGCACACAGUUUGAUUUAUUCAGGGGAACCGCUGCAAUGAAGCAAGAUGAAGAGGAGGCAUAUCCUACUACCUUAUCACAUCAAAUAAAGUUCGGGAAGAAAACCCACCCUGAAUGUGCUCGAUUUUCACCUGAUGGUCAGUACCUUGUAUCAUGCUCAGUGGAUGGAAUCAUUGAGGUUUGGGAUUAUAUCAGUGGGAAGCUUAAAAAGGAUCUUCAAUAUCAAGCUGAUGAAAGCUUCAUGAUGCACGAUGAUGCUGUGCUUUGUGUUGAUUUCAGCAGAGAUUCUGAGAUGCUGGCAUCUGGAUCACAGGAUGGAAAGAUUAAGGUUUGGCGCAUACGAACCGGCCAAUGUUUGCGUCGCCUUGAGCGUGCACAUGCAAAAGGUGUUACAAGUGUUACAUUCUCACGUGACGGAACUCAGAUAUUGAGUACAUCCUUUGACACUACUGCAAGAAUACAUGGCCUCAAGUCUGGAAAGAUGCUGAAGGAAUUCCGAGGCCAUAACUCAUAUGUGAAUUGUGCAAUCUUUUCUGCAGAUGGUACCCGUGUUAUUACAGCCUCCAGUGAUUGUACUGUUAAGGUCUGGGAUACGAAAACAACAGAUUGUUUGCAAACGUUCAAGCCACCACCUCCUUUGAGGGGAGGAGAUGCAUCUGUUAACUCUGUCCAUUUAUUUCCAAAGAAUACUGAUCACAUUAUUGUGUGCAAUAAGACAUCAUCAAUAUACAUAAUGACUCUACAAGGACAGGUUGUGAAAAGUUUUUCAUCUGGUAAACGGGAAGGAGGAGAUUUCCUUGCAGCUUCUGUUUCACCAAAAGGAGAAUGGAUAUAUUGUGUUGGUGAAGACAUGAACAUGUAUUGCUUUAGCUACCAAUCUGGUAAAUUGGAGCAUCUAAUGAAGGUCCACGACAAGGAUGUGAUAGGCAUCACUCACCACCCUCAUAGGAACUUGAUUGCUACUUAUGCUGAAGAUUGCACCAUGAAAACAUGGAAGCCUUGAUUAUUUGUUACUUUUCUUUGUUCUCGUCUUGUAACUCAUUUUGUAUUUGUAGGAAACAUGAUCAUCCAUCUCUGUUCUAAGUGCUAGAUAAAUAGGAUUUAUUUUGACUUUUUGUAAUUUAGAAACUGGAAUGUGCCCUUACUAGCUAAGAGCAAGUUUAAUAGUAAAGCCAACUUACUAGCUAUAAGCGUAUAUCAUAAUUAACACAUAUGAUAGAUUAGCUAUAAGGUUGGCUAUAAUUUUUAUGUCAUAUCUCUUUCUCUUACCUUUGCAUUUAAUGCAUUUUUCUUAGAGUUGGUGUAUAGCUAGCUCUUGCAUGAGAGCUAACUCUACUUUUUUUUCAUUAUCUCUUUCCUCCACGUCAGCUUAUAGUUAACUUAUAGUCUACUAUUAUACUUGCUCUAACACUGUCUACUCCCUGAUGCUUCCGUUGUAUCUUAUAGCAUUGGUAGGGUCAGUUGUAUGGAAGGAAGCGGAAAAAGCUGAGCAUGAUUCCUUUUCUGGCAUACCCUUGUUUUCUUGGAGCACUGAAUGCAGAUUGAGAAACAUGCAUACGGCAUUACAUCAGCUCAAAUACUGUGAAAUGGUUGUAAUCUCAAGCAAUUUCCAUUAACAGUUUAGAGCAUACACAUAAGAAGUGUAUCUGCCAUGAGGUUUUCAAGAGGCAGCUGAUUCAGGAUGCGUUUGGUUUGUGACGAGAUGGGUUGGGUUGUAUCUAUCUUUAAUUGUAAGAUGGGUUGGAUCUUUUUUUUUGGGUAGGAAGGAUGAGAUGGGAUGAGUUGGAUAUGCUUUUUAUUUGGUUGAAGGGAUAAGAUGGGAUAAAAGUUACCUCUCAUAUCCAAAAUAA